GUAUAUGGUUGGUUGAAUAGAUAACAAUAUAAUUAAAUCAAACGAAUAAUUUUGGUUGGUUAAUUAAUAGAUAACUUUAUAGAGUAACCUAUCAUUUGACAUUCCAUCAAAUUUAUUUAUUUACUUUUUAAAAUUUAAAUAGAUGACCUUGUAAAAGUUAUAUAGUGAAAUAUAGACAGAUUAAUUAAAGACAGGCAUAAAAUUUUUAUUCGAUUUGUGGUAGGUCAAUUUAUAUUUUCUUUUCUUUUUUUUAAAAAAAUUAUCAUUCAUAGUUCAACUGUACACAUAUACAUACACCUAUGAACUUCUACAUGAACCCUUAAUACUAUCAAAUAAAUUUCGAUAAAUUCCUCGAUGUAUAUAAAUUGAAUAAUGGAAGAAGAAAUGAAAUGAAGAAAUCUACUAUCAUUAUUAUUAUUCUUGUUAUUUAUCACCUUGUCUAUUAAGCUUUCUUUUUUUUCUCUCCUUUAUUCUAAUCAUUUAAUUGGUUAGAUCAAUUCAUCUUUAAUUUGUCAAUUGGAUGUUUUUACAAUUCAUUCCACAUACAUAGUAACAGAUACACAUACAAAGGAAAAUUAUAUGUAUACUUACAUAGAAACAUACAUACAUGUUAUUACUUCUCUUGUCAUUUUUAUCAUUAUUAUUUUUAUUUAUAUUAAUAUAUUGAAAAGAUUGUAGACAAAACACCAUUAACAAAUAAACACAACGUAUUCUUUUCUCUUAUUCUCACUCUUGUAUUAAAGUUAAUGAAUAAUUGUAUUGAAAAUUAUCUCAUGCUUUUUGAAAUUACUAGUUUCCUCUGUGGCUGAAUAAUAUAAUUGUGUAUGUGGUUUAUCUAAUUAAUAAUUAAUGCAAUAUGUGCAUUUGUAUGUGCAUUAAUGUGUAUAUGAUCACACAGACAGUGCAUAUAUGAAUGAAUCGUCAAAUUAAAUCAUUAUUAUUAUUAUUAUCGAUACUGUUAUAACUACCUCUACUACUAUUAGUAGUACGACAACGACUACAGGCGAUGUAAUAAUAUAAUUAUCAUUAUAUAUUAAUACAUUCAAAUACCAAUACAUACAUACACAAUCAUUCACGAAUGGGGAUACAUGCAAAUAUACACAUACAGACAAUUAUUCAAUCAUCCAUUUACAGAAUGUCUAUCUUCAAAAUCCACUUUGCUAUCAUUCAAUAUUUAAUAUAAUAACCAUAUUUUAUUUGAGAGAAAAACAUUUCAUACUUCAUAAUUAACAUUUCAUUGACACUAUUAUAAUUCAGGAAGACGUGAACAGUGGGAACGAAGAAGAAUCUACGAGAGAAAAAAAUAAAUAGAAAGAGGCCAGAGAAGAAAGCAGUUACAUAAUUUUGAGGCAGAAAAAUAUAAAUAUUUAUCAAAUUCAACAUAAGAAGAAAUAAUAUUUAUUCGUUUUGGGUAAACAGAAAAUCAAAAUUGAUUUUGUGACUUUUUCUCUCUCGAUCAACCGAUAAUUGUUCCAACGAAACGAACAAGAACUAUAAUUGUGGAUUAAUAUUUAAUUGAUUUGAUUAGUGAUUAUUACUCGAUUAUUCUUUGUGAAGAGUGUUUUUAUAUAUGGUGCAGUAUAUGUGUAUGAGCAUCAUUUUUAACUGACCGGUACUUGUGGUAGUGCUGGUCAAAAUUAUGCAACGUGCUAGUCCUUUAACAUGGACUUCAUUCAAUAAUAGUAGUGUUCACAAUUCAAUUGAAUUACAUCAACAGAGACAAGAACAACAUCAAAGACUGUUAAAUAAUUUUCAGUCAUUAUAUAAUAGUAAUAUUACAAAUAAUAAUAGUAUUAUUGAUGAAGAUUCAUGUCAUCCUGUUGCAUCAACGAAUAAUAUUGACAAUAAUUUGAGUUUAUUACCAUUUAAUCAAUUCAUCAGUAAUAUACCAAGUUUGUUAAACUCUAUCAGUAAUAAUAAUAAUUCGGAAAGAAAUACUAUAUCAUCUUUGACUUCGACAUCGUUAACAGCAUCACCUUCAUUAUCCUCUUCAACGGUAUCUACAUUGCCAUUAUCGUCAGCAACAUUUACAUCAUCGGCGUCAACCACAGUCAAUGCGAAUUCAUCUACAUCAAUGAAUCCAUAUAGUACUAGUACGGCAGCUGCUGUGGCCGCGGCCGCUGCAUGGUAUCCCUUAAGUUUAGCAAUGGAUGAAAUGGCUCAAAACAUAAUCUCUUCAAAAUCUGAACGAAUCGAUCGAAGCAUGUUUUCUUCCCUUUUUCUUCCAACAAUCUCUCAAACAAUGGCUAAAUCAAAUCGUAUAAUUCCAAAUCAAUUAAAUAAUUUACUACUACCUAAUUUAAUGCAUUCUGAUGAUUAUUAUACAAAAACAACUAUGACGACUACUACUGAUACUAGUACUAUCAAUACUACUGACAACAAUAUAAGUAGUAUUGAAAAUAAUCCUAAUCACAUGAAUAAUUCAAAUGGACAAAAUUUUUUGCAUGUUCAUGAAGAUAAUCUAAAUCCAACAUCAUCACAUCAAUCAGAUCAAAGUAUACAUGGUAAAUUAAGUCCAUUAUCUGGACAAAUGAAUGGAAUAGACCCAUCUGGAUCACCGCCAACAAUUCAUUCACCGAUCACUAAUGAUAACAAUAAAAGUAAAAAAGCAAGACAUAGAACAACAUUUUCAGUUCAACAGUUGUCAAUUUUAGAAGCAGCAUUUGAUAAUUGUCCAUAUCCUGACGCUGUAACACGAGAAGAUAUUGCGUCCAAAUUGUCACUCAGUGAAUCACGUGUACAAGUAUGGUUUCAAAAUCGUCGUGCUAAAUGGCGCAAACAAGAAGGUAGUCAAUUAUUAACCAAUGUUAAUAAUUCAAAUAAUACUUGCACUCCUACUAAUAAUGUUAGUAACACUACUUUGACUACUGCUACUACUACUAAUAAUAAUAUCAAUAGUAUCAUUACAUCCACAGCAUCGAUGGCAUCAUCCUCUUCGACGUCAUCAUCUUCAUCUAAUUUAUUAACUGUUGAAAAUGAUGAAGAAGAUUUACGAAUAAAUACAACAAAUAUUUUAGAAACACGACUUUUGACAACAACAACACCAACAGGUCGUAAAAGAGUUUCUGGUUCAAGUGUACAGCAACAACAUCAUCACCAACAGAAAAAUAGUUAUUCUAAUUAUAAUGAUUUUAAACAAAUCAAUGAUGAUACAGAUGGAAUGAUAAUCAAUUCAAUUUCACCAUCUCAUUUCAAUUUAUCAUUGAUUACAAAUGAUCUUUUAAAUAAUUAUCAUCAACAAUUGAGAAAUUUUUCAUUUCUCAAUGAUAAUAUAAAAUAUACAACAUCACCAUCAUCAACAUCAAUUACUCCACCAAUUCAUAGUGACUUAGUGAAUUGUUCUAAUCAAACAACAAUGUUUAAUGAUAAUUUAUUCAAUACAACUAAAUCAUCAGAAUUAAUAAAUUCACAAUUAUUUGAUAAAUCAUCAAUAAAAACUAUUGGAAAUAAUAAACAUCAAACUAUAAAUUCUAAUUUAAAUUGUUUAAUUAAAUCAUCUGUAAAUAAUAAUCGGCAUUAUCAGCAUUAUUUAUCGAGUAGAAAAUCAACUCCAACUACUUGUAAACAACGUAAACAUACUAUGAAAAAUAUCAGUAAUAAUUAUGAUAAUGAUAAUACUGAUAAUGGUGAUCCUGUUAAUGCUGAUGAUCAUGACUUUGAUAAUGAUAUUGAUGAUGGUGAUGUGAUGAUGAUGAUGAUGAUGAAAUAGACAAGACUAGAACAAUGGGAGUGAAUAACUCAAAAACUAGAGAUUUACCAUUUUCUGUUUUAUCGCUUACAGCCAAUAAUAAUAAUAAUAAUAGUAAUGUUAGUAAUAAUAAUAAUGAUAACUAUAACAGUAUAAAUGACCCAUUUGCGAAACUUCAAUCAUCAUCAUCCAAACUGUUUUAUCAAAAUCUCAUAAAAUCUAUAAAAUCAAUUAAUAAUAUUGAUAAUCAUGAAAAGAAAAAUUCCAAUUCUCUCAAUUCUUCAUCAUCUACUUCAAUCCCGUUAAAUGAGAUCAACUGUUCGAUGAAUGAAUUGAAUCCUACUGAAGAUGUAACGAAAUUUUUAACGAAUCUAUCUGAUUUCGGUGUUUUUAUGAAUUCAUUAUUGAAAUCUAAAUUAAAUCUCUUGACAAAAACAUCAACUUUAUCUGACUGUAAUGGAAGUAAUCAUGACCCAUGUUUAAAUACUCUGAAUGAUAAUACAACUAGUAGUAAUGCUACUCAAAUUACUAAUACUACUAGUACUACUAAUACUACUACUAAUAAUAAUAGUAGUAAUACUGUGAUUGAUAAUGUUGUUCAAAAUUCAAUUUUAGAAAAUUUGAUAACUUCCUGUCCACAAUUCCCUUUCAAUUUACAAUAUUUAAAUGGUACACAAUUAAAUCAACAUGGACUAGAUUUGAAGGUGGAGUCAGAUACAAAUAAACAAAUUAAUUCAAAUCGCAUGGAUAAUCUAUUUGGUCCAUCUGAAGAUCAGUCGGAAAAUCAAUAUCCUGAUAUACAAAAACUUAUUUUCAAUGAAAUAUCCUCAUCACAAACAUUGUCACCAUCUACGCUAGCAUCUAAUACUGCUAACAAUCUACUUUGGGGAUACUUUUUGAAUCGUUUACAAGAACCAAACAAUUCUUUAUUAUCUAAAUCACCAUCUCUUGGAACCUCGACAAUAACAACAAAUUCAUUACAAAAUAGUACUAAUAAUUCUAAUAACUCAUGUUCAAAUGAUUUAAUUAAUCACCCUGAUUUGUUGAAUUUGUCCAAUCAUCAUUCUUCUAAUAUGAAUAUAGACUUUCGCAAGUUUUUACAGUAUACAAAUUUGAAAGGGAAAGAAACAAGUUUAAAUUUCAACUUUAACAAUUCUUCUACCAAUAACAUUACUGCUACUACUACUAUUACUACUUCAAAUAAUUCUCCUAGUAAUCCACAUCAUACUACUACUACUGCCAUAACAACAUCUACGACGAAUGGUCUGAUGUCGGAUUCAUUAGAUAAACUUAAAGACGAUUUAUUAUUGAACAGUACAAAUUUAACUAAUCCUAAUGAUCAAAUGACAAAAUUAUCACAAUCCGAUAUGAUCCAUAACUAUAUUAAAAAAUUUCAAUCAUUUGGAAAUGAUUUAAAUUGUGUAAAUAAUGACAGUGAUAGCAAUAAUGAUAAUAAUAAUAAUAUUACACAACAAAUGAUGCAAUAUUAUGCUCUAUGUGCAUUUGUUCAGACUACUACACUUUUGUCAAACUCAUCAUCUUCCACAUCGACAUGAAUACUUCAUAUAAAAAUAUAUCACUUUGGGCAUUAACACAAAAAUGUGCAUAUACAAGUAGAUUGAUGGAUAGACAGAUAGAUAAACAAACAUUUAUCCCUGUGAAUACUCUCCUUAUUGUGCAUAUAUAAAUAAGAAAAGUAAAGCCACAUUCCUAAACAAAAAUACAUAGAUGAAUUACCUCAUUUAUACUACUGGUAAGUACUACUAUUACUACCAAUACAGUGAUAUUCAUUUUCAUCGUAUAUAUAUAUGGGUAGUUAAUUAGAAAUUUCCAAAAGAAAAUUACCAUACACAAUCUGAUAUAUAUUUCAACCGAUCUAAACACUUUGCUUCUAAUAUUACUAUUAAUAAUAAUACUACUUAUAAUAAUGGUGAUAACUGUUAAUUUCUAUUCUCAUUUGUUUUUUUUUCUUCUGUAUAUUACUUUUCUUUUAACCUGUUUGUAAUCUCCCGUUCUUUCUCAUCCUCAUUCUCAAUUCAUUUUGUGUUGGUGUGUUAUUUUUGGUGUUGAGAAUCACCACUUUUGAUGAUGAUUCCAUAUCUUUUGGUGUAUACACAAUUAAUAUAUGUUUGUAUGUAUGCUUGAAAUUGUUCAUCAGUUUUGAGUAAGAGCUAGGUUUUUUUUCUUCAAAUGAACUUUCAAUUAUCGAAUUACGCGUAUGUAUGCAUAGAACUCAAACUAUACAAAUAUACAAUUUCAUAAAGGAUCUCUUACAGCGUACAUACAAUAAAAUACAGUUUGACUAUAGUACAUAGAUCUGUGUAUAUGUUUGCCUAUCUAUCUAUAUAUCCAUGUAUCUGUUUUUAUGUAUAUAUAGGCAAACGUCUUACAGAAGUAAUGCGUAUUGUAUUGUAUUGUAUUUACAAAAUAAAUAUCUCAUUUUUGUCAAAUAUCUGUCAUAUCGUCACAUUAUGUACUUCAUAUAUAUCUUAAUUAACCUCUGCCUACCUCUAUUAUUUCUUACUUCAUUCUAGUUCUGAUUUUACUCGUUUGAUUUUUGUGCAUUGAUGAUGAAUCCGUUUCGUUUUAUUGUUUCCUGGGGGUUUGAGGAUGAUUCUUUCUUUUCUUUUUUCUAUAUAUAUAUAUAUAUAUAUAUAUAUAUAUAUAUAUAUAUAUAAAGACGUAUUUAAUUAUUUACUUGUCUCAGUGUUUUCCUGUUUCAAAUAUUAAAUUUUUCUUUCACAGUUAUAUCCAAAACAAAUUUUCAGUAUUCAAAUUAAAUUCGGUAGAUAAUAUUCAAAUACGAAUCGUGUACAGAGAGAAAAAACGGGAGAUUGUGAACUACUGAAGUUUUCAUGAUUAUUUAUUCAACUUUAUAGUAAAAGCUUAAUCAAAUCGAUUUUGAAAGUUUUAUGUAAUCAACGGAUUGUUAAUAUCUGAACCAGUUACCUAGAGAGCAGUAAAUUAUUUUACUUGCAAAUAAUUGAUCAUUGAAUAGGGACUAAUGUCAUGUUUAUCUGGUCCUUUAGUGUUGAAUAAAUUCUAUCGAUUAAUUUUUCGAUUUGGUCGUUAGUCUAAGUGGUUCAACAUCUCAUGUACUAUUCUGAGUUGUUAAGCAGUUGGCAAUAGCUGUCAAAAACCUUGACAUUCGUCAACAAGCAGUACCCUUAGUCUUGAAGGAGCUGAUAUUCCACAUGAAAUUGUAACAAGAAUCAUCUAACUUCAUGAUCUGAGAUGUCACCAUUGAGCUAUUCAGGUGUCCUCUCAAUUAAUUACAACCACCUAACGCCUACUUUAGACUUAUUGCAUGGUACAUCGAGUAAAACCUCCUUUUCUCAUCAGUUUUUUUUCAAAACAAGAAUAUCUGGUAUUUUUGUCACAUGAAAGGAUCAAAAGAGCGAAAUUAAGUCAAUGCGAAAAUCUAUCAGCAUGAUACUAAUUUACUCAUCAACUGAUGUUAAAUUCCAACAGGUUCAAAUCAUGCAAAUCUGAUUGUAAAUAAAUAUAAUAUAAAAAGUACCCUAUUCAAAUAUCACUUCCAUUUAUUUGUGGGGUCAAAUAAAUCCA